CCCGCCUGCACAGGCCGCGGACAGGCGCGGCAGGCGAGCAGCCCCUCCGCCUGUCCUGGCCCGGGGUCAGGCGCAGGCGAGGGGCGGAAGGACCUGCGCCUGUCAGAGCUCCCCAUCACGGCCGAGCUCUGCUCCCGGGACCUGUGGCUCGAGUUCCACGAGCACGACACGGAGAUGAUCAUUACCAAGAUGGGCAGGCGCAUGUUCCCGACGGUGAAGGUGCGCCUGCACGGACUGCAGCCGUCCGACUCGUACAUCGUGUACAUGGACAUCGUGCCCGUCGACGACAUGCGCUACCGCUAUGUGUACCACAGCUCCGAGUGGGCCGUGGCUGGCCCCGGCGACACCUUUAGCUGUCGCAACCGCUACAUCCAUCCGGACUCGCCGGCCUCGGGCCGUCUCUGGACCUCGCAGGGCAUUGUCGCCUUCGACAAGCUGAAGCUGACCAACCGGAGGCACUCAUGUGGACCGUCGCAGAUAUCAUUGCACUCGAUGCACAAGUACCUUCCACGUGUGCACAUUCAGCGGACCAGUGACCUGUUAACUCCAGCUGAUCAGCAGAUCGACCCGAAAAGGUCACUGACCUUCUCAUUCCCGGAGACGGAGUUCAUCACCGUCACUGCGUAUCAGAACCAGGAGAUCACUCGUCUGAAAAUAGCCAGCAAUCCAUUCGCGAAGGGUUUUCGCGACAUCCCUGCCACAAAAAGGGCUCACUCACCCAGUUCGGAGAGUUCAAUCGACAGCAGGGUGAGCCAGCGUGGUUCGAAAAAGACGCGUCCGGUAGCGCCUCCAAGCGGUGAUCUGUGGAACUAUCGGUACACCCUGCCUGCCGUCCCGCAGCCCCUGCUCUGUAUCGACCCGUUCGCUCCGUUCACUCUGCUGCGGUCGUACCACCUGCAGAUGCACGGCUGCCAGGAGGACGGGAGGUGACGCAGAGCCGAGCACGUUCGCUCGCGGUGACGUCACGCGGUCGCGCGGUCUCGUCCCGAGCUGAACACGGCAAGCGCGGUGGCAGUCUGGGAAUGUACGCGCUUGACGUGUUCGCAUCGGCGAUAUCUCCAGCGCGUCUCCGAAAACGAGAACUAGCAGAAUAUGUGCAAAUGUGCAAUGAACAAGGUGUGUGUUCCUCGGUGUUAUUUGUGGCGGAGUUACGGUUCACGCCGUGAGCCUCAAACGUCCGCGAUUCAGGCGUGAGGCAGAGAAGGUGAUAAAUGGAUAAGCAGCGCUCGUUCAGUUGAAGACGAGUAAAGCACGCUCCGGAAAGGCGACGAGAAUAAUUUCAGUGGCUUGUUAUAAGUAGGGUUGUUGCUGUUGCCAGCAGCCCUUCGCUCGCGGAAUGUCGCAAUGUUUCCCGCCGCCAUCCCAGAAAAACAUUGCAAAAAUUCCACAACAUUUAUUGAUUCCUCAUCAUCGUCGAUUAUGCCAGUGUAGGAACACAAGCUGUUUUGAGAUAUGAGCAGCUGUACCACACCACAGCCAUAGCGAGCGUCACAGUGAGAUGGUCACAACAUCCACGUUCGGUUCCCCCUCCGUGUGUUGGCUGACGGCUCCCUACGUGAAGUACCGCCCCAUGCCUCGGUACACGCCACUGGCCGAUAAUGCCGCCACGCGGCCGAGGCGGCAGUGAUGCCGCUGAAUAGCUCGUCGUUUGAAUACACAUUUGUGAAAUUGGGCAGCGUAAGACCCCUGUUUGUAUCGCCACCAAAUCAGCUUGCGGGUAACGUCACUGGACUCUCGGACUCCCGUACUGCGGGUAGCUUGAGAACAGAUCAGGGGCCCGCCCCGUGAUCUCAUGGUUUUUCCUAUUCCAAACGUUCUCGAAGCUGGUUACUGCGUGCUUCAGCGUCCAAAUAACUGCCAAUUUCCAAAAGGGAAGGGAUAAUAUUACACUGAAGGGCCGUGUUGGGUGAUGGAAGCACGUUGGCGCAAUAUAAAGGGCUGGAUGUGACUUUAUAACCUGACACUGGACAACGCACAUCACGUUAGGCGGGGAUGCAUGCGAUAAUUACAAGGAACAUCUCACGCGAGCUCAAAAGUUGAAAAGAGCAAGGGGAGCGGCCACUUAAUCUUGAGGGGAGCGGCCACCUAAUACCGUCAUUGGUGGAACUAUCUUAAUAUUUGAAUGGACUCAGGCCCCUGAACUUGAACGUAAGCACCCUGCGUGCUCUGUCGGCACUAGCUGGCGCCUUGAAGUACAACAUCGAUGGUGCUGAAUUACGAUGGCUUUGUUUACGGCAUUGCUGUAACCACAUGCCGAUUCUAAAACCGCAGCUUUGAUGCCUCGUGAAUGACGAACUCUCUGGUCGUGUAUGUCAGCCAGGUUUGCAUUUAGGUAUCCGCUUGAGUACGCCUGUCCUAAAAUAAACAU